AAUAGAGCGGCUUCGAUAGCUAGUGCCCACGAUUGUUGCACCAUGGACCUCGGCUACUGGGCGCUGCUGCUCGUCGUUGUGGGAUGGCUGUAUUUGCGUACCCGCAAGGCCAAAAAGUUCCCGCCAGGGCCAGCCCGUCUGCCGAUCGUCGGAACUCUGUGGCGGUCUCACGUGGGGCGUGAGCCUCAGUUCAUCCGACACUGCAGAAUGGCGCGCGAGUACGGCAAGGUGGUGGGCUACUACUUCUUCGACCAGCCGGCGGUGAUGAUCUUCGACGUCGACCUGGCGCGCGGCGUGUUCGCCACGAACGACAGCGCAGGCAGACCACACAUGGACGUGCUCAAGAAACGCACGUUCGGAGAAAUGAGAGGAAUCCUCUUCAACGAAGGGCCGUCGUGGCAGCGCCAGAGGCGUUUCGCACUGCAACAUCUCCGUGACCUGGGCAUGGGUCGCGCCUCGUUGGAGACCAUCGUGCAGCAGGAGGUCGGCGCCAUGAUCAGGAGCUUCACAGAAAGAACCGGCAAGCCGGUGGCAGUUCAGCAUUUAUUCAACGUAUUCAUGCUCAACGUUCCAUGGGAGAUCAUCUCUGGCAAAAGGUUUGAUGAGCGGGACCCCCGCCUGCCGGUGAUCCUGCGCGCCAUCUCUGACGUCAGCACGCAGGGCGUGGGUCUGCUGGGCAUAGUGCGGUUCCUGUUCGGCAGCUACCUGACCAGCUCGCUGUCGCAGAAGAUGUACCGAGGCAUGGAGGAGAACCGUGACGGUCUGGUCGCCAUCCUCAAGGAAGAGAUUCAGGAGCACAAAGAAUCUAUGGACCCAAAAUCGCCAAAAGACUUCAUCGACGCUUACCUCAUUGAAAUGUCAUCCACGUCAGAUUCUUCGGAGUUCACAGAGCUGACGCUGUACUCCGUGCUGAUGGAUCUCUUCACGGCUAGCACGGGCACCAACAGCGUCUCGCUGGAGUGGGCCAUGCUGUUCCUGGUGCUGUACCCGGAAUGCCAGCGGCGGGCGCGAGCCGAGCUGGCGGCCGUGGUGGGACCUGGCCGGCUGGUGACGCUGGAGGACCAGCCGCACCUGCCCUACACGCAGGCGCUGGUGGCCGAGACUCUGCGGCGCAGCUCCGUGCUGGCGCUGGGAGUGCUGCACCGCGCCACCGCCGACAUCCCCGUGGCGGGCUACAUCGUGCCGAAGGACGCCUGGCUUUACAUCAACCUGUACGCCAUCCACCACGACGUCGAGUACUGGGGCGAUCCCUUCAACUUCCGGCCCGAGAGGUUCAUCCACGACGGCCAGUUUCAGCCCGACACGCACCUGGUCCCCUUCAGCGUCGGAAAAAGGAUCUGCAUGGGGGAAUCGCUUGGCAGAACGGAGCAGUUCCUGUUCCUGGCCAACAUCGUGCACCACUUCGAGGUGCUCACUCCCGAGGGCGAUCCAGCGCCCCGGUUCGAUUACCAGUGCGGCGCGCGCAACUCCCCUGCCCCGUUCCGCGUCACAUUCCGCCCUACCGGCUGACAAUUGUC